AUGGAGAUUUACGAAGGAAUGGAUACUGACGUUGAUCGUGACGUUUUUUUCGAAACAUUACAAGCAUUAAUUGCGACUAAACGGGAAGACAAUUGUUUUUAUUUUUCUAAAGAAAGGUACUCAAAAACAAUUUCCGAAGUGAUUUCUGCCAAAACUAAGUGCAGCACACCUUUAGACUAUAGACGAUUAAAACGUUUUGACGUUUUAAAAGUUGACGACGAAGAAAAAUUAAUUGUACCUUUAAAACCAGGAGAAACGAAUGCACAGUAUUAUGUUAUCAAUGAUGAGUUGUUUACUAUACUAUCUGAAACUCACACCAGAAUUGGUCACGGGGGAAGAACACGCAUGCUUAAAGAAUUGCAAGUAAAAUACAAAAACGUUACACAUGAAGUUGUAAUGUUGUAUUUAAAUUUGUGUAAAUAUUGUCGAAUGAAAAAUAAUGUACUUAUAAGGGAUGAAUCCGUUAAAACUAAGUGGAAGACUUUAAGAGAUGGCUACAAUAAAUAUAAAAAACAGGUAAAACGAGAUAUUUCCCAUGGAAAAAAAAGUCACCAGUAUAUCUGGAGCUCCCAGUUAAGUUUUUUAGACGAUGUUAAUGCUUCACAUGCUACAACUUCCAGCAACACAUCCUCAGAAAACAAACCAUUACAAUCUUCAAGAGAACCCACACCUUCUCUAGAGUCAAAUGAUUCACAUAGCUUUGUAGAACUACAAUCAUUUAACUUGCCUGAGGAAGAAACGCCACUACAAUCAUUCAACUUGCCUCAAGAAGAAAAGUCACCGUCUUCAGUGGAUAUCGCGGCGUCUACAUCCCAAGCUCCGGUAGAGACAAAGCAACCAAAUCGCAAAAAACGACCCAUACAGGGAGAUGUAGAUAAAGUUUUAGACUAUUUACACGAUAAAAAGAAAAUAAAGCAAGAUGGAAUAGAUCAUUUAUUUUUGAGCUAUGCAGAUACGUUUAGAAAAUUGCCUCCAAGACACCAAAUUCAUAUAAAGCUUGAAUUAGCAAAAUUGUUUGCGGAUGCUGAGUUAGAAUGCUUAGAAGAAACUGAAGAACCUGAAGAAACUGAAGAUGUGAAACCGUCAUUCAUAGAAAUAUCAUCACCGUGCCAUCCUACAAUAAGUUCCAGUAGUGUUAAUCCGUCACAGCAACAAUCGGAACAGCAUAAUUUAUUUCAAGAGGUAGACCAACCUGAAUACUAUUUACCUGAUAAUUGUUAA